ACAUAGAAGGGCAAAGAAAAUAAUUUAUAAAUAUGUUUGAAUAUUGUUGCAGGGUUUUUGAACAUGAAUGUGCCAACCAAACUAACAGUAGUUCGUUUCCUUGUUUUCAUAUUUUUUCAAGGUCUCUCAUGGGCAUCACAAUGACAAAGUCGGACAUGAUCACCUUUACUCUGCUGUUGAUUCAACUUCCGUGUGUAUUUGGAGGCAAAAUAUUGGUGUACCCUUUAGACGGCAGCCACUGGUUAAACAUGAAUGGAGUGAUCGAGGAACUUCACGCCAAAGGCCACAAGGUCACAGUGGCGCGGCCAUCCGAUAGCUGGUACAUUCCAGAAAAGUCUCCUCAUUACAACUCUGUCACCCUCGAUGGUCAGGAUGGCUUUAAGGACCAUUAUGAAUCAUUUGUGUUUCAACAAGUGGAAAUGAGACUUCAGGGGAGGGGUCUAUCUCUUCUGCCUCGCAUUUGGAAUAACAUUCAGAUUCGGUUCUCGCUUAUAACUCAAUUUUCUUUAUUCUACGAGAAGCACUGUAAGACAGUAGUUCAGAUGUUCGAAAAUGAAACUCAGAUGCAGUCAUUUCAUAAUGCCAAGUACGACGUCGUGUUGACUGAUCCCACCAUAGGUGGAGGGGCACUGCUUGCACGCCAUCUCAACGUUCCCCUCAUUUACAAUGCCAGAUGGACUUUCCUAGGUGAAGCUCAUGACCUCAUUGCCCCAUCCCCUCUGUCGUAUACACCCCAUCUCACAGCCCAGUUGACAGAUAAGAUGACUUUCCCUCAAAGAAUCUUGAAUGUUGUAUCCUACAUCGUGAGUGGCUUGACAAGGUUGUACAUUUCAGAACGUCACUACAAACCGAUAGUGAGGCGCUACUUUGGUCCUGAUGUGGAUUAUACGACAUUUUUUGUGGAUGCUGAUAUGUGGCUUUUGAGAAACGAUUUUGUCUUUGAAUUUCCCCGACCCACGAUGCCGAAUAUCGUCUACAUGGGUGGAUUUCAGUGUAAGCCUCCAAAGCAGCUCCCUGUGGAUCUCGAGGAGUUUGUCCAGAGUUCUGGAGAUCACGGCGUUGUGAUGAUGACCUUGGGCACUCUUAUCGCAAAGCUUCCGCAAGAUGUCACCGAAGAAAUUGCUGCAGCUUUUGCACAGCUACCUCAGAAAGUCAUCUGGCGGUAUGUGGGACAAAAGCCAGCCAACCUGGGCAACAACACUUUACUGGUUGACUGGCUACCACAGAAUGACCUCUUGGCGCAUCCUAAAACAAGAGUAUUUGUCUGUCACGGCGGCAAC